GAAAAUAAUCGAUAACACCUUAUCGUUUUCCUGCGACCUCUAGUCCAUCUUCAUUGUACAAAUUUUUGCUGGUCAGAUGGAAAAACGACGCGAAAAAUGAAAACGCAAAAUAGAAAAUCGAAAUUGAAGUGAAACCAAGUGCAACUACGUCGGAUUAAAAGAUUGCGUGCACACCCAAUUCCCGCGAGGACAACAGUAAAAAAAAAAAAAAACAGCCAAAUAAUAACAUUACUAACAAGCUAGCGAGGAAGGAACAGGAACAGGAGCAGGAGCAGGCGCUGCCCACCACCACCACCACCCCCUAUCCCAGCGAGUGGUGCAUGAAUCACUCCCCGGCCCGCAUCGAAAAUCAUCCAGAAGCCUCCGCCAUGUCAAGUGAUAAGAUCAAAGUCGCGGUGAGGGUGCGACCCUUCAAUCGACGCGAAAUCGAAUUGGGUACAAAAUGUAUCGUGGAAAUGGAAAAACAGCAGACUAUUCUGCAGAAUCCACCCACAUUGGAGAAGAUCGAAAGAAAACAACCAAAGACAUUUGCAUUCGAUCACUGUUUCUACUCUCUGAACGCCGAGGACGACAACUUCGCCUCCCAGGAGACGGUGUUCGAUUGUGUGGGACGUGACAUUCUGGAUAAUGCGUUCCAGGGCUAUAAUGCCUGCAUAUUCGCCUACGGCCAGACAGGCUCUGGCAAGUCGUAUACGAUGAUGGGCUCCCAGGAGAGCAAGGGCAUCAUUCCACGCCUCUGCGACAAGCUCUUCUCCGCCAUCGCCAACAAAUCCACCCCCGAGCUGAUGUACAAGGUGGAGGUCUCCUACAUGGAGAUCUACAACGAGAAGGUUCACGAUCUACUGGAUCCGAAGCCCAACAAGCAGUCGCUCAAGGUGCGCGAACACAAUGUCCUGGGUCCCUACGUGGAUGGCUUGUCGCAGCUGGCGGUGACAUCCUACCAGGACAUCGACAACCUCAUGACCGAGGGCAACAAAUCGCGCACCGUAGCUGCCACCAACAUGAACGCCGAGUCAUCUCGCUCGCAUGCCGUCUUUUCGGUGGUUCUCACUCAGAUAUUGACGGACCAGGCGACGGGUGUCAGUGGCGAGAAGGUGUCCCGCAUGUCCCUGGUGGACUUGGCCGGCUCGGAGAGAGCUGUGAAAACGGGAGCAGUUGGCGAUCGCCUGAAAGAGGGCUCCAACAUCAACAAAUCUUUGACCACGCUGGGCCUGGUCAUAUCGAAGCUGGCCGACCAGACGAACGGCCGGAAAGGCGGCAACGACAAGUUCGUGCCCUACCGUGACUCGGUUCUCACCUGGCUGCUGAAGGACAACCUGGGCGGCAACUCGCGCACAGUAAUGGUGGCCACCAUCUCCCCCUCCGCCGACAACUACGAGGAGACACUGUCCACGCUCCGGUAUGCGGAUCGAGCCAAGCGAAUUGUUAACCACGCCGUGGUGAACGAAGAUCCCAAUGCCCGGAUUAUCCGCGAACUGCGGCACGAGGUGGAGACGCUGCGCAGUAUGUUGAAGCAUGCCACUGGGUCGCCGGUGGGCGAUGUCCAGGACAAGCUGGCCGAGAGCGAGAAUCUGAUGAAGCAAAUAUCGCAGACGUGGGAGGAGAAGCUCGUCAAGACCGAGCGCAUCCAGAACGAACGGCAGCAGGCUCUGGAGAAGAUGGGCAUCAGCGUGCAGGCCAGUGGCAUCAAAGUGGAGAAGAACAAGUACUACCUGGUCAAUCUGAACGCAGAUCCGUCCCUCAACGAGUUGCUAGUCUACUAUCUGAAGGAUCGCACACUAAUUGGUGGUCGUAGCAUCAGUGGCCAGCAGCCGGACAUUCAACUCUCCGGUCUGGGAAUCCAGCCGGAACACUGUGUCAUCACCAUCGAGGACAGUGGCCUGUAUAUGGAGCCGGUGCAGGGUGCUCGUUGCUUUGUCAAUGGCUCGGCCGCUGUGGAGAAGACGCCGCUGCAAAACGGCGAUCGUAUUCUGUGGGGCAACCACCACUUCUUCCGCGUCAAUUCGCCAAAGAGCAACAAUACCAGCAUGUGCGCCUCCGAGCCACAGACUCCCGCUCAGCUGAUCGAUUACAACUUCGCCCGAGAUGAGAUUAUGCAGAAUGAGCUGAGCAACGACCCCAUCCAGACGGCCAUUGCUCGGUUGGAGCGCCAGCACGAGGAAGAUAAGCAGGUGGCGCUGGAGAAGCAGCGGCAGGAGUACGAGCGCCAGUUCCAGCAACUGCGCAACAUUCUCUCUCCCAGCACACCGUACGCUCCGUACGCCCCCUAUGAUCCGCUGCGGAUGGGCAAGAUCACACCAAAUACUCCCACCUCGCAGAUGCGAGUGGAAAAAUGGGCGCAGGAGCGCGACGAGAUGUUUCGGCGUAGUCUGGGCCAGCUGAAGACGGACAUUAUGCGAGCCAACUCUCUGGUACAGGAGGCCAACUUCCUGGCUGAGGAAAUGGAGAAGAAGACCAAGUUCUCGGUCACUCUGCAGAUACCGCCGGCCAACCUGAGUCCGAACAGGAGGCGCGGUGCCUUCGUCAGCGAACCGGCGAUCCUGGUGAAGCGCACCAACUCCGGCAGCCAGAUCUGGACGAUGGAGAAGCUGGAGAACAAGCUGAUCGACAUGCGCGAGAUGUACCAGGAGCACAAGGACCGGGUUAUGAACGGACUGCCCCUUGUAGAGCCAUUCUCAGACGAAGAGUACGACGACAAGGACGAGGAGAACAAGCCUCAGGACCCGUUCUACGAGUCCCAGGAGAACCACAACCUGAUCGGAGUGGCCAACAUAUUCCUGGAGGUCCUCUUCCACGACGUGAAACUGGACUACCACACGCCGAUCAUAAGCCAGCAGGGCGAGGUGGCCGGGCGCUUGCAGGUGGAGAUCGAAAGGAUUGCUGGCCAAAUGCCGCAGGAUCGCAUGUGUGAGUCGGUGUCCGAAUCGUCGGGUGACUCGAGGGACGAGUACGAUGAUCCCGUGGAUCCUACCGCAAACCAGAUCACCUGCCGCGUGACCAUCAAGUGUGCCAGCGGCCUACCGCUCUCGCUCUCUAACUUUGUCUUCUGCCAGUACACAUUUUGGGGCCACCAGGAGAUGGUGGUGCCGGUGAUCAAUGCCGAGUCCACAGCCCAUGACCAGAACAUGGUCUUCAAGUUCGAGCACACCAAGGACUUUACUGUGUCCAUCAACGAGGAGUUCCUGGAGCACUGCAUCGAGGGAGCUCUGUCCAUCGAGGUGUGGGGCCAUCGCAGCGCCGGGUUCUCCAAGUCCAAGGGCUGGGAGGUGGAGCAGCAGCAGGCCAAGGCACGAUCUCUGGUCGAUCGCUGGGCGGAACUCUCGCGCAAGAUCGAGCUCUGGGUGGAGAUCCACGAGCUGAACGACAACGGAGAGUACUCGCCCGUGGAAGUGACAAACCGCAAUGAAGUUCUCACUGGUGGCAUCUACCAGCUCCGGCAGGGGCAACAGCGAAGGGUCAAUGUGAGAGUGAAGCCUGUCCAGAACUCAGGCACCCUGCCCAUCAUCUGCCAAUCGAUUGUGAAUGUGGCCAUCGGCAGUGUCACGGUGCGGUCAAGGCUGCAACGGCCCCUAGACUCCUACCAGGAGGAGGAUCUCACAGUGCUGCGCGAGAAGUGGAGCGAGGCUUUGGGUCGGAGGCGACAGUAUCUGGACCAGCAGAUCCAGAUGCUGAUCAAGAAGGAGGAGAAGAACGAGCAGGAACGUGAGCGCGAGCUGAGCUUGGUCCACCAAUGGGUGUCACUGACGGAGGAGCGCAACGCAGUGCUGGUCCCAGCACCCGGAUCGGGCAUUCCCGGGGCACCUGCCUCCUGGGAGCCACCGUCCGGCAUGGAGCCACAUGUGCCAGUGCUCUUCCUCAACCUCAACGGCGAUGAUCUUUCCGCGCAGAACACCAACGAUGAGCUGUCAAUUGCCGGCAUUAACUCGAUCCUUUCGAAGGAGCACGGCCACAAAUUCUAUACCCUGCAGAUCCUCCAGCACCUGGACAAGGACGUUUGCUGUGUGGCCAGCUGGGAUUCGUCCAUGCACGACAGCCAGGCUCUGAACCGUGUCACCGAGGCCAAUGAACGCGUCUAUCUCAUCCUGCGGACCACGGUGCGCCUGUCGCAUCCUGCUCCCAUGGAUCUGGUGCUGCGCAAGCGGCUGAGCAUCAACAUCAAGAAGGGCCAGACGCUGACCGAUCGAUUGAAGAAGUUCCGACUGGUGCGGGGCGAAAAUGCCAUCUGGCAGAGUGGCGUCACCUACGAGGUGGUAUCCAACAUUCCGAAGGCCUCCGAGGAGCUCGAAGAUCGCGAGUCCCUAGCCCAGUUAGCGGCUAGUGGGGAUGACUGUUCCGCCAGUGAUGGAGAGACCUACAUAGAGAAAUACACGCGUGGUGUGUCGGCCGUGGAGAGCAUCUUAACCCUGGACCGACUGCGUCAGAAUGUGGCUGUCAAGGAGCUGGAGACGGCCCACGGACAGCCGCUGUCCAUGCGCAAGACCGUCAGUGUGCCGAACUUCUCGCAGGCGGUAAAAGACACCACCAAUACCGGGAGUAUUAUGCGCUUCGAUGCAUCGAUGGAGUCGCUACUGAAUGUGGGACGAUCCGAGUCCUUUGCCGAUCUCAACAACAGUGCCCUGGGCAACAAGUUUUCGCCAGCUGGCCAUGGCGCAGGAGGAGCAGGCAGCGGAGUCAUCCGCAAUCGCCACAGCUUCGGUGGCAAGGGAAGCAGCGAUGAUUCCCCCGGAAAAGCCUUUGGCAUUGGCACAAUAGCUCUGCUGUCAGCGCGUCCAACAUUUUUGAAUCUCAAUUUGAACUUGAACACAUUGAGAAAUGCGCCAACGAAACCUUCGCCGGCCACCACCAAGCUACUGGGAAUGCGGAUGACCACGCUGCACGAGGAGCCUCUUGGUGGACAUAGAUCUCUGGAUGAGGAGCCAGAGGACAGCUACAGCGACUCCGAGUACGCCGCCGAGUACGAGCAGGAGCGGCAGCAGAACAGGAGCUUCGCUGGCGGACGCUCCCGGCUAACGGCCUCCAAGACCAUGGACUCGUUCAUGGACGUCAGCAACCACUCCAACCAGAGCUACUUGAGCUACACGUCCAGCGCCAAUUCAAAUAUGAAGCAUCUGACUGGCCUGGCCACGCUGAGCAUGAGCUCCUCCACCAGCAGUGGCUACGGCUCCCAGGCGGUCUCGUGCAACAAUCUGAGCAACGAGGACAUAGCUUCAAUGCGUUCCAUGAGCAUUGAUGAGACGCCAGAUUUCGAUCGAAUCAACUCGAAUUCGCCACCCAACCGACAGACUCGUGUCAAUCCCUUCCUGAAGGACAUGCCCAAGGCAAAAGCCCAAGAUCAACCGGAGCCUCAGGCCAAGAAGCUGCAGGAAACGUUUACGCACCCAUUGGAGCUGCCAAAGGAAAACGCACAAUCCGACGAAGAUGAACCCGAGCAGUUGCCAAAGAACAACAACAACAACAAUGUUGAAUCGGUCAAACCAGCGGAGCCAAUGAUCGUUGCAGAGAUGGAGCAGGAGGCUGCUGACCCAGAAAUCGAAUCACAACCAGAGCUUGCCACAGACAAUCAGAACGGCAACAAGUCCGCGGAGGAGGAGGUGCUGGAAGGCGAUGGCAUCGUUACGGAAGAGCUGCCCGCUGGCAAGGUUGUGCGGCGCAAGAAGUCCAACACGCAGCCACCGAACAACCUGAACAACAACAAUACCAGUAACAGCACAAGUCAGGCGCCGCGUGUCAACCAUCGCGCUUCGGUGGCCAAAAUGGAAGGCCUCGCCGCCCUAAUGGACUCCAGCAUAAUGACAAGCAGCACAGAAAUCGAUGAUGAGAGCAAAGAUGUGGAAAUCACCGUGCCCGAUUGGAUAGUGGUUGGCGAGUCGGUGUUGAUACGCCCUUACAACACGAGCGGUGUUAUUCGCUUCGUUGGCGUCACAGAGUUCCAGCCGGGUGCCUGGAUUGGCGUGGAAUUGGAUACCCCGACUGGCAAGAACGACGGCAGCGUGAAGGGUAUUCAGUAUUUCCAGUGCAAGCCGAAGCACGGCAUGUUCGUGCGCUCCGACAAGCUGAUGCUGGACAAGCGCGGAAAGGCGAUGCGGGCGUACAAGGCCGCUGAGAAGAGCAACAGCAUUAGCAAAGAGAUGAGCAGCUCGAUGACUCGAUCGAAGAGCCGCGGCGAAUCACUAAAUGUGGCGGCGCGAAAAUGAUUGUAUCCGAAGUGUUCGCAUCAGUUGCAGCGCUGGACUAAUUGCCGACAAUCCAGUGUCACCAGCAGCAGGCCAGUAGUAGCAGCAACAGCAACAGCGGCAGCCACGGCUACGGCCACAGCAACGUGCCACCGGUUGCGUGCAACUAACGGCGCUGCAGAUGCGAACAGUCACGGCAAGAAGUGCAAUGCCAAUCGACGCUCGACGGCCUUCUAGAGGCCGUCCGGUUAAAGGACAUUAAUGGAGGGACGUCGUAGCCCGUCAAUCAACGAACAAUGCGGAGCAUAAUCCACAAUCCAACCAUAUUCUAGCUUACUUAACUACUCUCUCACACCAAUGCCGCAAAUGAAAUGCCGUACACUUAACCCCCCACGCUUCUCUAAGUAGUUUAAGGCGGUGUCUACAGCAGAACUAAAUACUAAUUACUAGCUAAACUAAACCGAAACUAAGCUAAGCCAGGCAGAGCGUAGUUGCAAUGCUAAUCUUUUAAGAACCGAGUUUAAUGACGAGCGCGCACUUGGGCAAAAAAAAAAAAAAAGAAACGUAAAGAAUUCGUAAUUCGUAAUUCGUAAAAUGUAUGUGUGAAAAUGAACAACUUUUGAUUCCAUUGUUUUGUGUUCGUGUAGUUAAUUGUCGUUUUGCUUAUGAUUACCGAUUACCGAUUACCUAUUACCGAUCUAUAUAUAUUUUUGUAAUGGUUCUUUGCCUUUUAGUUUAGUUCAAUUGUUUUUGAUAUGAAAGUGACUUGGUUAACGAUGAGCUUAUAUUUUUAAUUGUUAUCGACUAUAUCCAAUAUAUAAAUCAUUUGUAUAUAUUUAUAAUUAAGACCAUGCAAUAAUUUUGUUUCCAUUAUCCCCCCUUUUUUGUACCGAGCUCACAUUUUUCUUAGCGCAUUUAUACAAAAAUAAUAUCAAUUACAAUAUUAGCAAUUAAUGAGAAAAGCAGCAUAUUCUAUACCGGCUGUGUCCAGGCACUGGGAGCCCUCGUCCUUAAGAUGGAUCCCCCCAUCUUUGAUCUUAGUCCUCCGAUUAAGAGGCUUCGCUCUGGCGCAGUUGAUGUGUAAAUUGUAUUAUUUUGAUGUGAUGUAUUUAUAAUUUUCCAUUUAUAUAUGCCUUAAUAUAUAAAUAAAAUUGAUUUUAUCGUA